UGAGGACAUUCUCACUGUCCGCCACGAGAAAAAGAAGCCGACACGUCGUUCCAUUCAAUAGAACUGGUUUCUACUUGCAAGCAGCGAAAAAGCCAAUGCACAAACCCACUGACCAAGCAGAACCUUUUCUCUUCUCUUUAUAGCUUCUUCAAUCCUCCAUUUCCAUAGCUUUGAGCUCGAGCGGAUUCAUCCAUGGCCACAAGUCGCAUCACUUUCUCCUCAGACGAUUUAGUGGUGAAGUCACCCAAUGACAGAAGGCUUUACAGGUUUCUUCAGCUGGAUAAUGGCUUAUCUGCCUUGCUCGUUCACGAUCCUGAGAUUUAUCCCGAUGGAUGCCCCAACCCUUCUUUAGAUGAGGAUGAAGAAGACGAAAGCGAGGAUAGCGAGGGAGAUGAGGAAGAUGGCGACGAAGAAGAUGAAGAGGAAGGAGGAGAGGAGGAGGAAGGUAAUGGUACUGACAAUGAAGAAAAGUCUGCUGUUCAGACUAAGAAGGCUGCAGCUGCUAUGUGUGUAGAAAUAGGCAGCUUAUCUGAUCCUUUUGAAGCGCAGGGACUUGCUCAUUUUCUAGAACACAUGCUUUUCAUGGGAAGUACUGAUUAUCCAGAUGAAAAUGAGUAUGAUAGCUAUUUAUCCAAGCACGGAGGUUCUUCAAAUGCAUAUACAGAAGCAGAGCAUACCUGUUACCACUUUGAUGUGAAACCAGAGUUUCUUAAAGGUGCUUUGAAAAGGUUUUCACAGUUUUUCAUUUCACCUUUAGUGAAAAUUGAAGCCAUGGAAAGAGAGGUACUUGCUGUUGAUUCAGAAUUCAACCAGGUUUUGCAAAAUGAUGUUUGCCGACUUCAGCAACUUCAGUGUUAUACAUCUGUACCUGGUCAUCCUUUUAACAGAUUCUUCUGGGGUAAUAAGAAGAGCUUGGUUGAUGCAAUGGAAAAGGGUAUAAAUCUGCGAGAACAAAUAUUGAAACUGUUCAGAGAUUAUUACCAUGGUGGACUAAUGAAGCUGACUGUCAUUGGUGGAGAGCCGCUGGAUAUGCUUGAGAGUUGGGUUCUUGAAUUGUUUGUUGACCUUAAAAAAGGUGUUCAAGUGAAGCCAAUGUUCACAGUAAAAGAUCCAAUCUGGCAAUCUGGGAAGCUUUACAAGCUAGAGGCUGUUGAAGAUGUUCACAUCCUUGACUUAGCAUGGACUUUGCCAUGUCUUCAACACAACUAUCUGAAGAAACCUGAAGAUUAUAUUGCCCAUCUCCUUGGGCAUGAGGGCAAGGGAAGCUUGCAUUUCUUUCUGAAAGCUAAAGGAUGGGCAACAUCCUUAUCUGCUGGUGUUGGGGAUGAUGGAAUGUGUCGGUCUUCUAUGGCUUAUGUAUUUGGAAUGUCAAUAUAUCUGACUGACUCGGGUAAAGAAAAGAUCUUUGAGAUUAUUGGCUAUGUCUAUCAAUACCUUAAGUUGCUUCGACAAAUUUCUCCUCAAGAGUGGAUCUUUAGAGAACUCCAGGACAUUGGAAACAUGGAAUUUAGGUUUGCCGAAGAGCAACCUCAGGAUGACUAUGCUGCAGAACUUGCAGAGAAUUUAUCAUUUUAUCCAGCAGAACAUGUUAUUUAUGGGGAAUAUGUUCACAAGAUAUGGGAUGAAGAUUUGGUCAAGCAUAUUAUUGGUUUCUUUACACCUGAAAACAUGAGGGUUGAUAUAGUAUCAAAAUCUUUCAGUAAAUUGGAAGACUUCAAAAUUGAACCCUGGUUUGGAUCUCAUUAUUCUGUGGAUGAUAUUGCUCCCUCUUUGAUGGAUCUCUGGAGGGACCCUCCGGAAAUUGAUGCUUCACUUUAUCUCCCUGCAAAGAAUGAAUUCAUUCCUCGUGAUUUUUCCAUCCGUGCUAGUAAAGUUUGCAAUGAUCUUCUGCUCGAAUCUUCUCCAAGAUGCAUACUUGAUGAACCAUUGAUGAAGUUCUGGUACAAGCUGGACAAUUCCUUCAAACUUCCUCGGGCGAAUACAUAUUUUCGUAUUAAUUUGAGUGGGGGGUACAGUAGUGUGAAAAAUUGUCUCUUGACCGAGUUAUUUGUUCACCUCCUCAAGGACAAGCUGAAUGAGAUUAUAUAUCAGGCUAGCAUUGCCAAACUGGAAACUUCGGUGGCUAUUUCUGGCGACAAGCUGGAGCUGAAGGUGUUUGGUUUCAACGAUAAGCUUCCUAAUCUUUUGUCCAAGCUUUUGGCAACUGCCAAGACAUUUAUGCCUUCUGAAGAUCGUUUUAAGGUAAUUAAAGAAAAGAUGGAGAGGAAUUUAAGAAACACAAAUAUGAAGCCUCGAAGCCACUCAUCAUACUUGAGAUUACAAGUUCUGUGUGAAAGAUUCUAUGAUGCAGAUGAGAAAAGUGAUGUCCUAAAUGACCUGUCUUUUGUCGAUUUGAAGGCACAUAUCCCUGAGGUUCUAUCCCAGCUUUACAUUGAGGGACUUUGCCAUGGAAAUUUCUUAGAAGAAGAAGCAAUAAGCCUGUCUAACAUAUUUAAAGACAACUUCUCCGUACAACCACUUCCUCUUGGAAUGAGGCAUUAUGAGCGUGUAAUGUGUCUACCUCCUGGGGCUAAUCUUGUUAGAGACGUCAGUGUAAAAAAUAAAUUGGAGAGAAAUUCUGUGCUGGAGCUGUAUUUUCAAAUUGAGCCGGAGGUUGGUAUGGAGGAGUCGAUCAGACAAAAGGCUUUGAUAGAUUUAUUUGAUGAAAUUAUCGAUGAACCACUUUUCAAUCAGCUAAGGACAAAGGAGCAACUUGGUUAUGUUGUCGAAUGCAGUCCACGGGUGACAUACCGAAUAUACGGUUUUUGUUUCUCUGUUCAAUCAUCUGAGUACAGUCCAAUCUUUUUGCAAGAGAGAUUUGAGAACUUCAUAACUGGCUUGCAAGAAUUACUGCUUGAUCUUGACGAAGCUUCUUUUGAGAAUUAUAAAAAUGGACUAAUUGGUAAGCUGUUGGAGAAGGAUCCAUCACUCUAUCACGAGACCAAUCGAUUAUGGGAUCAGAUUGUCGAUAAGAGGUAUGCGUUUGAUUUCUCACAGAAGGAAGUGGGGAAAUUGAAGAACAUCGAAAAGAACGACAUUAUAGAUUGGUACAAAACAUACUUGCAAGAAUCGUCGCCCAAAUGCCGUCGACUUGCAAUUCGAGUAUGGGGUUGUGAGACAAACAUGAUCGAUGCCGAGACGCCAGUGAAAUCGGUAGUAGCCAUUAAAGAUGUCGAGGCUUUUAAGACAUCAUCAAUGUUUUACCCAAGCCUUUGUUGAAAAUGGAUUUAGAUUUAUUAAUACACAUAGAUUCCUUGGAAGAGGGUGGGAAAAUGAAUUAAAGAGGAAAUAAUAAGAAUUUGGACAUAUACAAUACUAUAGCUAGAGAGGGUGAUACAGGUGGAUCAUUGUUUAGUUGAAUUUUUUUUUAAAUUUUGAGUUCUUUUUUUUUUUUAAUAAUUAAAAAUAAUGCUCAAAAGUUUCUUCUAACACAGUUUUAUUAAUUAUUUCUUCGAUGUAUUACA